AAUUGUUGUGAUAAACUUAUUAAAUAGUUGUCAUGUCACAAUGGGAGUAGAGAUUAGUUGUUGGACAUGCAAAUGUCAUAACUGAUGUGAAGUGAAAACGUGGACGGACAAGCAGGACCGCCAUACUCACUCACCCACCCACUCAUUUGCCUACUCAAUGAUGACAACGAAGCAGCACACAGCAUCCAUUCCAGAUUGAGGCCACAGCGUAGCUGUAAUACUACUGGAUGUUCUCGCCAAAAUUGGAUUGAUUGAAUUUUCCAUCUAUUUCGCCCGCCGACUCUUCCGUCCCAUCCAAUCUGGUCCUUGUGAUGCGAGUGAGUGCGAACGGAGUUGUCUGUUUGUGUUGGAGCGUCAGACGAGAAGGAUCUAUUUAAAAUAGACGCUGGGCCAAAUCAGCAGUCUUAUUACCAAUCGUCUCAUUGUUGUCUGAGUGGAUAGUUUCCUUGUGGCGGCGUGACAUGCCUACUACUCUCAGCAUAGGCACGGGGCUAUGGACAGGAGGGGGAAUGGGAGCCACCAUAGGCACUGUUGGCGUGGGUGGGGCAGCAGGAGUGGGCAGUAUGGGGGGUGUGACGGCGACCUCUGAGGCGGGCGAGAGUGUGUUGGAGGCGGUGUUGUCCUCCCUUCCCCCCAUCAGGACCAAGUCCACCCAGUCUGUCAUCAUGCCAUUCGCCAGACAGGUUUCGUUGCUUGUGGCUCUCACCCAUCAACAGCAGCAGCAGCAGCAGUCCACUAAGGGUAGUGCCUCCUUCGGAGUGAGCCAGUUCAUGACUUCGGGUGCAGCCUGUUCUGUGGCCAAUCAGAUGUUCAGUUCAGUGGAGAACAUGUGUCAGAUUGUGCAGAUGAUGGAGACUCCUUCCACUCCUCCUCCUCCUCCCAGGAGCAACCACAUGCAGAACCACACUUCGAGUGAACUGGCCAUGAACAAAUCAGCCUCUCAACUGGUCACUCCUGCUAAAGUGCAGCAACAGGUCGAAAAGACUAUAUACGCAGCGCGUGGUCUGUGUCGCCUGGUGGACUCUGGGGCCAAGAUGUGCUCCAACUCCUCCUCCUCAGGGACAGGGAGAGGGGGAGGGGGAGGGGAUAGUGGGGAUGUGGAAGACGUGUUCCUUCGUUCCCUAAUGACAAAUGUGGUCCGAGAGAGCUUCAAUGUACUGUACAGUCUGGUGCAGCUGCUCAACAUGGCAGACUCGUUGAAAGUGGGCGGCAUACUAACCACUUAUCACAAGGUGGUGUCUGUGCUGACCCACAUGGAGAGUACAGUGAGCAACUUCCAGGAGUUUGUCCAGUGCUUCAGCCAGUUCGGAUCUAGCAUGGUUCAACUAGCCCAACUGAGUGGAGAGCGACAGAAUGACCUGCUGAUGGAAUGCUGUAGUUGCAAAUUGAGUAGUACACGUGCAGUGCUUGAGAAGGGUACGAUGAUGUUGCUGACGGGUAGCAAGACACUCCUCAGACACCCCGAGUGCAACUCAGCCCAGAAGACCAGAGACUCCGUCUACCACCUACUCCACACCACACUGCGCUCAUUCCAUCACGCACUCGGGCUACAGGCACUAGAGGGCUGUAUGUGUCGCAGCCAGGGGCACAACGGUGACUGCUGCUGCAGCUGCACUCAAGAUCAAAAUGUCGCAGGCGAGGAGAGGUGCUGCCAGAGCAGUGCAAGUAAUAAACAGCAGUCUGUGCAGCAACUGUUAACUCAAGUACAGGUCCUGAUGUGUGAUAGUGUGGCGAGUGAGAGCAUGAGUGAGUGGAGUGUGAAGAGAGUGAGGGAGCUCAUCUGUGCAGUGAGGAGUGAGUUGCACUCUCUCUUCUCCCCUUCCUCUUCCUCUUCUACUGCGACUACUCACUACAAUACUAACACUACUUCAACUGCCGCCAACUCUAACACUGCUGCAAGUCAGGUGGCCAUGUCGGUGCCAGAGGAGGAGAAGAGCCACAUAUUCAAUGCACUGGACCACAUUCUCUACAUCUGCCACACAUUCUCGACUGAAAUGGAAGGAGGAGGAGGGGACGUGGAGAAGCUAUUGCAGAGGUUCUCGGCCGAGUUGGACGAUCUGGUGAAGACUCUGCACAGUACAGUGCUGAACCAGAGUGCUCUCUGUCUCACCAGCCAGACGGAGCAGAUGCAACACUCGCUCUCCUUCUUCAAACAGGCUGCAUCCGGCUCCUCUUCUUCAUCAUCCUCAAACAACACAGGUGCUGCUGGCAGGGGCGGCGACGGCCCAUCAGCUGCAGCCAACCAGAGCAUCUCGGCUGUAGAGAAGGAGUCAACCAAGUUCCAAAUGUACGCAGACCAAUAUCAAAACUUGUGCGGACUGUUGAGGAGUGUGUUGUGUGAGAGUACAAGACAGAGGGUGCGGAUGGAGUGGUGUGGAGUGUGCAUUGGCUUCUUCUCCCACCAGCUGCUGCUGAGUGCACAGACUGCGGCUCUCUACCCCAGCAGCAAGAUAGCCAAUGAGAACCUGGCAGUGUUCACGGAGGUGUGGAACUCACACAUGCACCACUUCUCUUCCCUCAUGCACGAGGUAGUGGCCACAGCCACAGCUACGACCACCUCCGAGGACACCGCUGCCGCACAGCUGGCACAGCAGGACUCUCCUCAAACACUGCAACUGUUCACAACCAUGCCUCCCACAUCCUACUUGGGAUUAUCGAGAGUGCGCAGACUGGGACUGGAGAUGAAGCGGGUGGCGUCUGUUGUGGAGAACCAAGUGAACAUCCUCCACUCUUAUCUGCAGUCAGAGGCACUCCUCCCUGUCCAACUCAACAGCCCCAAUCCCCACUCAUCUUCCUCUUCUCCCCCUCAACAGACGGCAGAUUUGAGCAGCUGUUCGGAUGUGAUGAAGCGGUGUGGGAACCUGUGCAGCAUGGCAUUCGCCCUCUACCUCUUCACUAACAGUCAGGGACCCCUCAAGUCCCCACAGGACCUGUUCACUCAAAUACAGUUCUUCAUGGAAGAGGUGUCCAAAAUCCACUCUCUCGUCAAUGACAAAUCACAUCAGCUGAUCUCCCUCGCAAUGGGAGGCCAGCUGCAGCAGCAACAUCAUCAACAGCAGCAGUGUUUAGAGACAGGGGUAGCGUCUGACUUGAAGAGACUGCUGGCAGAGACUAUUCCAGAGAGAGUGAACUCACUGGCCCUACUCUUGUCCUCGUCUGAUAGAGAUAUCACCAGUUAUUUCUUCAAGGUCGAACACAGUCUCGAGGAGAGCAAAAGCCUGUUGGCACUUCUACUGUCGCUUGUGCAAUACUACUUUCAAGCUAUUUACCUGACUUAUCUACCGGACUACAACUGGUCAGUGAAUAGCAAUCUGUUGCAGCAGAAGAGCAAUUUCUCAGGGGCCGCCAACAUCACAUUCCAAGUGGCCAAUCAAGUGCCACAACAACAAUAUCCUUGUAACAUUCCACAGCAAUUGCAAUCACAGUUUCAAAAUUUUCGCAUGCAACAGAUGACAGCAACAGGGAGCCCGAAUAGCAACACAUUCCAACAGCUCCAACACAAUCCAAAUUCAACUCACCAACAGCAGGCAUUCGACUACUCUUCAGGAGCACAACAAGGACCCAACAUGUCAAUGAUGGCGGUAAUGAAAGCAGGAGGGCAGCUGCAGAGUGCUGGUUCAUUUGGAAUGGGAUUUCCUCCUGCCGACCACAAUGGAACUUUUCCUGUUCAAAACACGAACAACCAGUUUAACAGUCAAUCGGGAGUGGAGACAAUUGCAAGUGGUGUUAGCGGGGGGUUCCCUAACCAGAUGACCUACUCCGCAGCUAACAUGCAACAAGGAGUGACGGGUGGAACGAAUCAACAGCAGGUGUCGCUACAACACAUGCAACAACUGCAGUAUCAUCCACAGCAGCAGCAACACCAAUUCAUCCCUCCCAUAUCCAUUUCUAUAUCUAAUGCGUCUGCUUCUUCUCCCUGUGGUGUCUGUCCCCUUAACCCCCCUCCCCCACCAGCCACAUUCGCUGCAAUCUCGUCUGGAAUCGACACCCUCAAGAAGACUUCUUCAUUGUUUGACAGAAUGUGAACGACAACACAACGAGCCAAUAUUCACCACACACUUUUGUUGAUCAGUGGACAUGACGUCAUCUCUCUUUUCUUCUCUUCUAUCUACCGGUCCACUGUCCACUCUUACUCUAAAUCUCCUCAUUUGCAAGCUACUUACCAUUCAUGUUCUACUUACUUACUCUUGAAUAAGCCCCCGUGCAGUCAUCUAAUCGAACCAGGCGCAUCAGUGAGAGACUCAUCCUCAUUAUACUCUCUCACUAUUUGUACUUUUGUCUCUGUCCUCAUUUCUGUUUCUUGCUAAUCAGUUUUUUUCGCAUCAUGCUGUCCUUUUCGCCUCACAAUCAGUUAGUAUUAGUAAAUUAUUGCUGCCACUUUCCAUUAUUUAUGCACUCUAAAUUUAGUUUAUCACAAAUUGUACAACAAAUAUUAAUCAAUUAAAUGUUCUCGGUUAAAGUUAUUGAAAUUAUAUUGACC